AUGGCAGCUCAGCCGCCGCCGACCGAUGGCGCCUUUUUGGCGCUCAUUGAGCGCCAGAGUCACUGCGCAGAAGUCCAACACCACCAGAGCAUUACCGCCCAAGACGCUUACUCGAAGUUCUCUUUCGAAGAGUUGCGCCUUAUCGACACCCAACAGGGCACCCGUCACGCGGGUCACCUGGCUGUCGCGCAACUAAACGGUAUUCCACUUCCGAGACCAGCAGCCUCAGAGGAUCAAGGCGACGCUGCUCGCGAACGGUCGGCAUUGGGCAGCAGUAUUGUCCUCUUCAAAGUUGGAGCUGAUGCACCACGGGACUUCGCAAUUCACGAAAGCCUCGUAGCGGAGAACUCGACUUUCGUGCGCACUGCAUGGAGCAAAGACUUCAAAGAAGCGAAAGACCGCAUCAUCGCACUGCCCAAUGACGAACCAGCAGUGUUCCAACUCUACCAGGAUUGGCUCUACGACCGAAAGGUGUACACCCAAGCAGGCUCUACUGACUACAAGCUCCUGAUCAACGCCUACAUCUUUGGUGAGAGGAUGUUGGACGUCCGAUUCAAGAAUGCCGUAAUUCGCGACAUCACUCGAGUCUUGCGAACUACCAGUCUCUUCGAUCUCACACUCACGAACCUCAUCUACGACAACACCCCGACCGACUCCAAGCUCCGCAAACUGCUUCGAGACAUCUACGCCUGGCUCGGCAGCGAGACCUGGUUCGACGAAGACAAGCUACCGCACGCAAUCAAUUCCGAGUUCUUGCGAGACGUUAAUCGUGAGCACAUGAGACUGCGUCGUCAGAUUAGUCUAUCUCCGCCAUUCGCCAAUCAUCUUGCUGUCAGCGCUAACUACAUACAACCCGAGACUGCGGACGAGGCAGCGACGGAGACAAAAGAUUCACCCGACUUGAAGCGCAAACGUGAGAGCGAUGACGAAGCUGGAAACACAAGCAAGCGCCCGGCAAAGUCCGAUGGCCCGUUCUCGAUUGCUUCUGGUAAAGAGCUGGAAAGACGGAACUCUGCUUGA